AUGUCAUUUUUCAACUCCAUCAGCCGGUCGAUGACGCGUGCACAGCGUGCACCAAAGCGGGCGACGACCCCCACCUCCGCAACCUUCUCGCCUCACGACUCGGCGCCGCCAACGCCUGUCUCUGCAGUCGCACCUCCGGUCCCCAAGCCUUUGUACCUGUGUAGUCCGUUCGUUGAGGCGGCACUGGUGAAGGGAAACUUCAAGACGAUUGUUAUGUUGCCCAAGUAUGUUGAUAUCAUGGAGUGGGUCGCCGUGAAUAUCUUCGACUUUUACACGAAUCUGAACGAGUUUUAUGGUGUAAUAUCAGAAUGUUGUACACAGCAGUCGUGCGCUACAAUGUCUGCUGGCCAGACGUUGAGCUACACCUGGAUCAAUCAAGAUCGUAAAAGCGUACACCUGCCCGCACCGACAUACAUUGACUACGUGAUGACUUGGGUGCAAAAUCUGCUGGACGACGAGAACACUUUCCCCACAAAAUCAGGAAGCGACUUUCCCCCAUCAUUCCCUUCGACAGUCAAGCACGUCUACCGCCAGCUAUUACGCGUAUUUGCACACAUCUACCAUGCUCACUUCCACCACCUCCUGCAUCUACGGUCUGAGCCGCACUUCAACUCGCUAUUCGCGCACUUUCUGUCGUUUGGGAGGGAGUACGAGCUGCUGGAGAUGAAGGAUGUAAGAGGGUCGGCAUCGGCUCCUGUUGGGAUUAGCCAAUUGUUUGACAAAUGGCGGGAGAUGGGGAUCCUCGAAGGAUGA